UUUCUAAAUUAGCAAUUGUCAAACAAUUUAUUGGCUAGUGAUCACAAGGGCAUUGCCACUGUGAUCAAUGGAUGUUCAAGUGCUAUUGUCAUUUAUGUUCCUCACCAUUUUUUUCUCAACAGGAAAUGCUGCUGGAAAACCUGAUCCAUAUGCUGGUAAAGUUGAAAUCAUGUUGCUAAAUGGUGGUCAUCAAACCAUUUGGCCAGGUGUUCAUACCAAAACAGGGCACCAAAUAGUUCCCACAGGCUUCAAAUUGGAGCCAAGAGAUAUAUAUCAUAUCAAAGUCCCUGAUUCAUGGUCAGGCACAAUAUGGGCAAGAACUGGAUGCAGUGGAAACCCAAACACUACCUUUCAUUGUGAUGUUGGAGAUUGUGGCACUCACAAUAUACAUUGCCAUCAAAGCCUACCAAAACCCCCUGCAACUCUAUUGAAGUUCAACUUGGCUCCAAAAGGUGGCACAAGUUCUUACAAAAUAGACCUAAGAUAUGGCUUUAAUAUCCCAGCCACAUUAUCCACAUUCACUAGCAAGUGCAAGGAAAUAAAUUGGGUCAGGGAUAUAAGGAGUGAUUGCCCUGAUUGGUUAGCUGUGUAUAGUCAUGAAGGUAGAAAGAUUGGUUGCAAAAGUGCAUGUUACACCACUGGUGAAUCAAAGCAUUGUUGCACUGGUGCCUUUGCUUCUCCUCAAAAGUGUGAGCUGAAUGAAUACACACAACUUGUUGAGAACAAUUGCCCCGAUUCUGUUUCUAAUGCCUUUGAUGACACUCACUUCACAUGCCAUGGUGGGGCUAGUUUUCAGAUAACAUUUUGGGCAUGGUGAAAGAUUGCAAUCAAUCACUAGUGUAUCACUAUAGUACGUAUAUAUGUUUACAAUCUGUUAGGAUGCAAACCAAAGAUAUUUGGUGCUUACUACCAUACCACAACACUUAGUUGAGGUAUGAUUCAUGAGAUGAUGUGUCCCAAUCAAAUAAAUUCAGGGUUUAAUUAAAAAAAUAUAUAUGUUAUGUUACA